GAAGAAUGUAUUUCCUGUAGUCAGAAAAUAUGGCGCCGCACAUCCAGUCAGUGGAAUGAAAUAGCCUAGACAUCUUUUCUCUUGGUUUAAUUUUGUGAAUAUUCGAAAUACGACCGAUUCAUCUAUUUUAUUCUGUGUAGAUGCUCCGCAUGUAUUGACAGCCUGCUGGUCAGAUCCGCAGUCACACGCCUCCAGACACCAUACAACUAGUGGGUGCCAUGGAAACCCCGGAGCCCGGGCCGGCAGACGGGGAAGAGCGCGUGGUGGAGCUGAGGCCACGCACACGCUCCAACCCAGAGGGUGCGGAGGAUCGGCGCAGCAGCAAUGGCAGCCUGGGCAGCGUCACUGCCAUCAGUGCGGUGAGCGCCGUGGGUGGUAGUGGCGUUGGCAGUGCCAGCCAGCCCUCCGUUGGCAGCCGUGUGGACGGAGAGGGCGAGGCGUCCACCUCCAGCAGCCCGCCUAGCGUUACCACGGCGACCCCCACAAUGGCCACAGCCAGCCCGGCCGCUGCUGCCGCUGCCAACACCACUACUGCCGUCGCUGCCGCCAUGGCAGCCCCCACACCUGGCGCCGCCAAAGAAAGACCCAAAUCCACGCAGCCUGCCCUUGUUGCCUCACAGAUGAACACCUCUGGGGACACUAGUAUGAGGGCACCACGGGUCAACUGCCCAGAGAAAGUGAUAAUCUGCUUGGAUCUUUCUGAGGAGAUGUCUUUGCCGAAGCUUGAGUCUUUCAAUGGGUCUAAAACCAAUGCUCUUAAUAUCUCACAGAAGAUGAUUGAGAUGUUUGUUAGAACAAAACACAAAAUUGACAAGCGCCAUGAGUUCGCUCUGGUAGUCGUCAAUGAUGAUGCCUUAUGGCUCUCAGGCUUCACCUCCGACCCCCGUGAGCUCUGCAGCUGUCUCUACGACCUGGAGACCAACGUGUGUGAAACCUUCAAUCUGGAGGACCUUCUAAAUGUAAUCUUACAGAAGAUCGAGCUGCCCCUUAUGGAAAAUGUGCAGACCAUCCCGCCUCCGUUUGUGGUGCGGACCAUCCUGAUCUACAGCCGGCACGCUGGCCAGCUACAGUUCAACCCCUCGGAUGCCGUUAGUAAAAUGCUGCAGUCACCCUAUUUCUUCUUUGAUGUCGUUUAUCUGCAUAAUGGUGCUGAUGAACAAGGGGAUGAGAGCAGUUGGAGGGACAUUUACUCGUCCUUCUGUGACUUAGACUCUAAAGGGAUGUGCUACAGCUUUGAAGUAUCCUUGUCGGGGCCCGCCCUGGAGCUGCACAACUGCAUGGCCAAGCUGCUCUCGCACCCCCUCCAGAGGCCUUCCCAGAGCCAGGCGUCCUACAGUCUACUGGAGGACGAUGAGCCGGCAGAGGUGGAGGCAACCGUCUGACAGCUGCUUUCACCACCUCCUCCUCCUCCUCGACGCACAGCAACACAGCUGAGCUUCCCACGCUUCUACCUUCGUCUUGCCAUAAAACCUCCAUCACGUCGGAGUGUGGUCUGAUAUACAUUGCAGAAUGUCUGUAUAAUUUGUUCAGUUUCUGCAAGGUUAUUUGUUUUUUUGUUGUUUUUUUGGAUGGUAAAGGCGUACAUUUACUUUUUUUUCUGAGAAGGCCUUGCUCUUGUUUCUUGUUGUACUGUACCUCUACCUGACACCAGUUUUGUUGCCUAUGGUGAUUUUAUUCAAAUAUUUUUUAUGUUGCUGUUUUUAAAUCACUUUUCAUCACUAUAGUUGUCAUUAUGCUUAUUACUGUUCAAAAUGAAUGUAGAUGUGGGAAGGACCGCUUUACUACUGUAUUUAAGGCCCAUAGCUUACAGAAUGAAUGGGGGAAAUGAGGGGAAUCAUGCUCUUUGGCACAAAGUGCUUACUGGAUUUUUAAGGGCACUGUGUAUACAAAAAUUGUGUAAAUGUCAUUUGUAAAGCUGUCCUAAUUGAAUAAAAGACAAAUACA